AUGUCGAACAGACCAAUCUUCGUCGCUACCCAUCCACGGGCAUGCUCGACCGCCUUCGAGCGGGUCUUUAUGACCCAGCGUAAGACGCUACGAACAAUCCAUGAGCCUUUCGGCGAUGCAUUUUACUAUGGCACCGAACGGAUGGGUUCACGAUUUGAGAAUGACGAAGAAGCCCGCAAGAAGUCAGGCUUCGCAGAGUCAAAUUAUAAGACCAUUUUCGACCACAUUAUGGAAGCUGCUGAGGGUAAGCGUGUUCUGAUCAAGGACAUGGCUUACUACAUUGUCCCACCCGACCAGCAAGAGGCUCGCCUCGCGCCUUCUCUUCUCCAACUCAAGCGCGGCGUCGGAACCGAGGAAGACCUCAACGAGCAAGGCGGCCUGGGCCUUCGGUUCGGCCACGACUCCGGCGUGGACGUCAACGCUGCUGCCCCGAAGCCAUCCAAGAGUCCACCGUUUCCGUUCGAGACACGGUCGGAGCCUGGAAACCCGACGGUGAUACCGCGUGAGAUCCUGGAGCGCUUUCAUUUCACCUUUUUGAUCCGCCAUCCCAGGUCAUCGAUCCCGAGCUUCUACCGCUGCUGCGUCCCGCCGCUUCUGGAGAGGACCGGCUUUCACGACUUCAUGUCCGCCGAGGCCGGCUACGACGAGUUGAGGCGUUUGUUUGACUACUGCAAGGACACCGGGCUCGUUGGUCCAAAGGUGUGCAGUCCAGGAAACAGCGCGCCCGAGCAAACCAAUGGCCACGUAAAUGGAUCCAACAACAUUGAGAUCUGCGUGAUUGAUGCGGAUGAUCUACUGGACGAUCCUGAGGGUGUGCUCCGGAAAUACUGCCAAAGUAUCGGCAUCGAAUUCAGCCCACAGAUGCUUGUAUGGGAUGACGAAGAGGACCACAAAGUCGCGAAACAGGCUUUCGAAAAGUGGAAUGGCUGGCAUGAUGAUGCGCUUCAUUCGAAGGACCUGAAGCCCAGACAGCAUAAACACAAGAAGACGGAUGAGGAGCAAUAUAGCGACUGGGUGGAGCGGUACGGAAAGGAUGCCGCAGAGACGAUCAAAAAAUGUGUUGCGGAUAACGUCGCCACGUACGAAUACCUGAAGCAGUACGCUAUACAGGUAUGA